GAAAGAGAGAGAAAGAGUGAGAGAGAAAGAGAAAAAGAGAGAGAAAGAAAGAGAGAGAAAGAGCAUCGUGUUCUGCGCAUGCGCAUGAUCGUCAUUUGUUCCAAAUUCACAUCGGUUGCUAUUACGAUCUGUUCGGUACGUAGUUCGGUUUCCUUUAUCGAUGUGUUGUAUUGUUCUCCUUGCCAACUAAAUUGAAGUAUAAUUCUUGGAAAGUACAACAACGUAAAUAAACAAAACACGUUGACGAAUGUUAGACAUAGGUCAAAAAUUAUUCACGUUCUUUUACAAUGUCAGUUUGGCGUAGUAUAUCAGAGUAAUAACAUGACCGUACUUAACCUGUAUAAUAAGAUACAAUCGUCAGAUUUGGUGAGUGCAUUGAAAUUAAUUUGCGCGUAAUAAGUACGUAAUCUUUCUUUAUAACGAAGUGAUACUCGUAAGGAUUAAAGAGAGUGAUUAAAAUCAGUGUUCAUUCGUUCAUUGUGUUUUAUCGUUCGAUUACGUCACUUAAGUCGUAUUGUGUUUCGAAAAAAAAAAGAAAAGAAAGAAGGAAAAUAUCUCGUUAAUGUGAUCUGUGCAUAAAAUUAAAAGUGAUAAUCAGUGUAUAUCAUAUCAUCGAUAUAAUGAUUCAGCCAUCGUAUCAUUUCUCAAGGUGUUGUUAGUGAUACUAAAAUGAAAUAAAUUCGCAACAAUUAUGGAUUACGAGAAGAGGGAUACGAACAGGAUGGAUAUUAUGGAAAGGACGUCAUCGAAGAACAUCGUAAAGGGUCGAAUACUUUACGAUAUACCGUGCAAGGUAUGCCGGGAUCACUCGUCCGGCAAACAUUACGGUAUAUUCGCAUGUGACGGAUGCGCCGGUUUCUUCAAAAGGUCGAUAAGAAGAAAUCGACAAUACGUUUGCAAGGCCAAGUCCGAGGGUGGUUGUAUGGUCGAUAAAACUCAUCGUAAUCAGUGUCGAGCGUGUAGAUUGGCCAAAUGCAUUCAGGCAGGCAUGAACAAAGACGCCGUGCAGCACGAACGUGGACCAAGAAACUCGACUUUACGGCGUCAAAUGGCACUUUAUUUUAAAGAGCCCGAAAUAAUGAGCAACAUAGUACCGCAAUCGACGGCAGCGUUAGAUCUCGCUUUGCCAAAACCACCAACGGAGCCUCGAGUAUCGGUUGCUCCGUCCACCCCUCAUCAUCCUCUUCCUCAUCCGAUUUAUUGCAACAGUAUUGCCUUGCCUAAGAUCCCAGUUACCAUGGCGAAUCUACCUGUGAUCCCAUUGAUACCAGCGAUCACGGCGGAAUCGGUUUGCGAGCAAGCAGCGAGAUUACUUUUUUUGAACGUCCAUUGGGCAAGAGAGUUAGCAGCUGGUACGAAUCUGGUUAUCGAGGAUCAACUGACCUUAUUGGAAUCCUCUUGGAGAGAAUUGUUUUUGUUAGCAGCGGCACAAAUGUUACCAACGUUAGAUCCAACGCCUCUUUUACCACCAGGGACUCAGGGUCUUGGAUUGGCGGUCGAAGUAACGCGUUUCAGGGACACAUUGGCCGGUUUUCAUGCUAUGAAUCUCGAUCAACACGAAUUCGCAUGCGUAAGGGCUAUCGUUCUAUUCAAGGCUGGUCUCGACAGCGAUCCCGUAUCAAGUAGUCGAAGUAGUAGUUCUGGCUCUGCCUCACCUAACAAUGGUACAAGAUUAAAGGAUGCAGUUGCAGUCGCCAGAUUAAGGGACGGUGCACAAUUAGCGCUUGGACAAAGAUUAAGCGGUGCCUCCUUUGGUGCACUUAGGUUUGGAAAGUUGCUCUUAUUAUUGCCAACUUUAAGAUCGGUCUCAACGCACGCGAUCGAGGAACUUUUCUUUAGGCGAACCAUCGGUAUUAUCCCUAUCGAAAGGAUUAUAUGUGACAUGUACAAAUCCGGUUAAAAUCGAAUUUUUAUCUAUUCCUUGUGUAAUUUGUAUUAUUCCUUAAUUAAAGGCCAAAGCGUUAAGAAAAAAAAAAAAAAAGAGAGAG